ACUUUCUCCUAAUUGAUUUGUGCGUACGCACGUGAGGUACAGCAAGUGUUGGACCUCCGAGCAUGACUUGCGGUCAUCAUGACCCAAAAGAACAUCGAUAUGAUACUGGGACCUGAUCGCAACCUGUCUUCAUUUCUUUUUUUGAUAGUUCACUUGUUGAAAAUUUCCGUAGUUCCAAGGCUUUUGAUGUCACCAGUCUCAUGAUUUAACCUUUAACCGUUGACGAGAGUAAUGUUUUUAACUCCGAUGUCAAGUUGUUUCAUGUUCUUCCCUGCGUGAUUGAGAUCAGUCGAAUGUCAAGAAAGUUUCUUGGCAUGUCAAAGUGUGGAGUUGGUAGCGUAAAAUAAGCUUUUUGUAUGUAAGACGAGACGAGCAAGAGAACCCUAUGUCUAUUCAUGGCAAUCACCUGCAAAUAUAUUCUCAGCUUGCAAUGAACUUCAGAAUCCACAUCACAGAGAUACUUCUGCUCUGAGCCCUCUUUGAAAUAUAUAUAAACGAUUUCGAAGCCCCAAAAAUCACUUUUUAGAAGCCAUUCAACUUUAGUGUCUCUAGCAUCUUGACCAAUUUCUCCCAUCCCUUCGUUGAACUAGAGAGUCUAGCCUGUAAGCUAAAUCAACUAUCUUUUUAGUAGCAUACAGUGGUCUAGAUUCCCACUAUAUAAAGGUCACAUAAUUUUGCUCACAAGUUUCUCUUCUCUUUCGACCUGUAUACUUAUUUACCUAUUCACCUGCCUACUUGCCAUCUUCGACAUCAAAUCAUUGAAUAAAUCAUCUACAAAGAUAACAAUGCCUUUCCAAUUCCUCAAGUCACCGCUCAGCCACAAGAGACACAACUCGGCAAUGGUUUACAGAAACCAAUCACUCAAUAAAUCGGACGACACUCUAGUCACCGAUGUCUACGAGGGAGACCUUCCCACCAAGGACCCAGACUGUACUAAAAGAAUCAGGUGGACGACCAUCCCCAAGAAAGACUACACCAAUGCCGAGUGUCGCAUGUGGAUUGCAGCACAGCUUCGGGCCUGUUACGUCUUUCUUCCACGAUCUUCGGCCACAUCCAUUGCCAAUAACUUUGUCGGUUCGGGAUACAAAUUGUUCGCAAUGGAAAAAGAAGAUUGGGUAGAAAUACUCGGGUUUCAUGGUUAUGCCAUAAGAUUCUUGAUUCGAAGAAUCUUGUGGAACAAGAGUACAGCCAUGAAAGCGGGCUUUUCGAUGGAAGCCAUGUAUGAAAUGAGGGGCGAAUAUAAGCCAGAGAUAGAGUCAGAGGAGGAUUUAAAUUGGAGCGGGCUAUAUUCUAUCAAGAGUAAUUCGAUUUGAAAUUGUUUUCUGUGAAGCAUUUUGAAUAUGGAGUUAAUUGGAUUUGGAGUUGGUUGGAUAUGGGAAUACCUGGAUGUGGAUACCCGGGCACGGAGUUAUUUGGAUCUGGUGCUUUA